AUGGCGAGUGAUAGACUAAAUCGAAAUGUGACGGUGGAAUAUGAGAGAAGAAUUUUCCUCACACUUUCCUGUCUAAUAUCACUUCACACCUUCGAUUGUUCGGAUCAUUCAGAGGAAAACCGAAAACUUUGUGAUCUUUCAAAAUUAUUUUUUCAAAAUGACUUGACAAAAAAAAUUGAUUUAGAAAAAGUUUAUCCAAAAGAUUUUGGGACGAUCACACCACGAUCAGAUUUUCUUCACGACUUAUCUCACGAACGAUGA